AUGUGGAGGUGCCGCUUUCGGGCGAACGAGGGUCGCGACCUGGUGCGCGAGAGGAUCCGCUCCGAUGUGAUGGACUUUGUUCCCCUACCGACGACAGUGACAAAAGCUCGUUACGAUGGUCAGGAAGAACCGGAAGACUGCGGCUUGCACAACGAUCGCUACAGACCUAUCAGCAAUGCCAUGGCCCCCAAGUACCCACUGAGAAAUUACGCGACGGGCUCGGCGCUGGGUCAGCCGAGAUCUGAGUACGCGAGGUCUCUCAUGCCGACCUCGGAAUAUGCGAAAGCCGCAAGAAGCAGUGUCUACGACGAUGUCGACCUCGCCGACGAUGAAAUCGCUCAGAAACUUAGAGAAAUGCGACCUCGGAAAGUGUUUACCGUCGAGUCGGACGAAGAGAUGGAGGAAGACGGAGAUAAGGUGGCGCCCUACUCUAAAAUGCACUACUCGAAUGUUCCGUCGCUCGUUCUCCGCCACUCCCAGCUUAGAUCCGUGCCGUCGGCGGACCAGUACGAGAAAAUGCUGGAGAAAUAUGGGAACACCGUCGGCAAGGCCAGUCUUCUCUGA